AUGGGCUAUUACAGGGCAUUUAUUCCGAAUUAUGCUAAAAUCCCUCUGCCUUUGUCUAAAUUGUUGAGAAGGGAUCAAAACUUUAUUUGGACUGAGGAACAAACCAAUGCGUUUGACAGGCAGUUCUGUCAAACUAUGCCUACGGUGAUUGCUUCGGUUGCUACUAAAGUACUGGCAAGACUUAAGAACAGCGGACUACGACUACGAUUGUCAAAAUGUUCGUUCCUCCCAAACCAAAUCGAAUAUCUAGGACACACAAUAACCGAAGGCCAAAUAGCCCCGCAGACCAGGAAAAUCGAAGUAAUCGACGCGCUAAAGGCCCCCUCCGACGUGAAAGGAUUACGACAAGUGUUAGGAAUGGCCGGCUACUACCGCAGCUUCAUACCGAAUUCCGCAGCCGUCACCCAACCACUGACGAAACUGAUACGCAAGACAGCAACAUACGAGUGGAAAGAGGAGCAACAGAGCUUUACAACCGCUUGCGGGGCUCCAACCCGCGACUGA